AAUAGGACACAGGCCUUAAGGCGAGGGAAAAGGAAAGAUGUGGACAAGACAGCAGCGUUGUUGUUGGUUCAAGGACCAAGAGUUGAUCCCCCAUCCCCCCCUGUGAGGUUUCCCUUUCGUCUAAGCGAACCGGCGACAAACCCAGCAUGGUCGUCAAAGAUGGGGACCAAUCACCGGUCCUGUUCACCGACCGCUCACCUGGAAACCUCAUCCCAUUACCCCGAAUCCUCUGCUUCGGUGGGAAACUCACCGAGGUGGGGAAAGGGGAUCGCCCUCGCGGCGAGGUCACCCAAACCCCAACCCAAUCCUGAUAAUGGCGCAACCGGCUCAAAAACCGCUUCCCGUUCGAUUUACCCGACGGAGCACCACCCCCUCCUCGGCACGGCUGAAAAGAAAAGGGAAAAAAGAGAGGAAGGAAACGGACAAGCCGCCGUUGGAUGGAAAACAACAGUCUACGACGACAUGCGUCUCUUCCUUUCCGUCGCUCUCACUCUCUUCUCCUCCCGCGUCCCCGUCCCCGUCCCCCGUUACUCCCCAAUUGCUGCUCGAAAUCUCCCCUCCCCCCGGUCCACAAGAACCGACCAGUGCUAAGAGGGAAGAUCAGCAACGACCCAAACUGUCAGAAUGGUACCCGGCCCCUCCUCCGGGUGCAUGGACUGGAUGCCGGGUCCAGCUCCCGUUUUCCGUGGGCUCGGACUCUCUUGACGUCUGUCCUCUGCCUCGGUGUCUCUCCGUUUCUCAAAUGUUCCACUUACGGAUAAUGACAGGGCGGUCACUUUUUCCCUUCGUACGUGAGCAUGUGUAUCCGCGGCAUGUUCAAGCCUGUUCCUGGUCAAAGGAGAACGCCCAACCACCUUCCUCGGUGAAGGGCAGUGCAUACAGAGGGAGAGAGGGUGUGUGUUGGUGGAAACUAGAGCAGAACCAUCAGUUAUCCCCUUCUACUCUAUCCAAACCUGGCCACCUAGAAUUCCAGCAGGGUCCUUGAGUCGUGUUCUGUGGCUUUCUCGCUGUAUUUGUACGUGCGCCCGUCCAAAAAAGAUAUGUCAUGUUGGAGCUCCGCUCGGCGUAACUUGAAGAGAGGGGGGGGACUCCUUUUUUCUUGUCAAAACCGUCUCCAGCAAAACGCCCU